AACCAGAAUUCGUGAGAAUGACAGCACGGUUUGGGGCCACGAUUGUACCAUUUGGGGCUAUAGGAGAAGAUGAUAUGUUUGAACUGGCUCUUGAUUACAAUGACUAUAUGAAAAUUCCUAUGCUUAAUGACUAUAUCAGGGAUGCCAGUCGUAAAUCAAUGAGAAUCAGAGACGAGAGUUUUGGGGAAGUAGCCAGCCAAGAUAUAUUUGUUCCAGGCAUUUUGCCGAAGAUAUAUGGCUGGUUUAACUAUCUAUUCAGGAAGCCUAUAGAAACAAAGGGAAUGGAAGAGGCACUGAAAGAUAAAGAAAAUGCGAAACAACUGUACGAUCAGAUAAAAUACGAAGUUGAAAGCAACAUUGCUUAUCUGUUGAAGAAGCGAGAAGAGGAUCCUUACAGAAAUACUCUUGACAGAACAUUGUACCGAAUGUUGCAUUCUCCUUUACAUGAAGUUCCAGCAUUUAAGCCUUGAAAAAGUUUUUUUUUUCUACAUCUGCUCUUGUCGGUCUGAACAUUAUAUGAUUUGUACGCAACAAGGUAGAGAAGUGCAUUAUGCUGAGAUCUUCACAAGUUAGUAAAUGUCUAUACCUUUAUGUUUUACUUCCAUAGAAGAUUUGUGAUAUUCAUCUCUGUAUCUUCAUGUUUUUCUUUGAUAGAAGAGAAAAUCUUCAUAUGAAAUAUGACUUUCUAGCUUUUUGGUUACUGUCAGUAUCAAGUCAACCAGAUGAAAUGUGUGUGUAGGGUUUGGCACAUAAAUACCACACUGAAUGGCUCUUAAUGCA